UUCUUUUUGGAAGCGCUGAAAAUUUUCUAUCAUCGCUGAUUCAGCUGCGAAAAACUGUGAAAUUUGUAUAUUAUUUAUCAUAACUCAAAGCACAACCAUCGACUUAUCGUAGUAGUGAACAAGGCAGUGUGAUAGCUAAUCAAAAUGUCGCAAGAGGUGGAAGAAACCCUGAAACGAAUCCAGUCGCACAAGGGCGUUGUCGGUACGAUUGUGGUCAACAAUGAAGGCAUUCCGGUCAAGAGCACCCUGGAUAACACGACCACGGUUCAGUACGCCGGAUUGAUGAGUCAGCUGUCGGACAAGGCACGGAGCGUGGUCCGGGAUUUGGACCCCUCCAACGAUCUAACAUUCCUAAGGGUCCGUUCCAAGAAACACGAAAUCAUGGUCGCCCCGGAUAAGGAUUUCCUUCUGAUUGUGAUUCAAAAUCCUACGGAUUGAAUGCAGUAUGAAGGGAUCGUCGUCGCAGCAGAGAGAAACAAUUAAUUUGAAAGCGAUUAAAAACGGUAUUUAUUUAAAUUAUCUACAUUUCUUUAACGGGGUAGAGUUCUACUAGUAAUAUAACUUUUUAUUUUAAAUUUCCAUGAUAAAAUCUAAUUUGAAAUAUUCUACAUUGAAAACAGGAUGAUGUACUAGAAUCUAA